AUGAACCCCCUGUUUGCUGGGAUCCCGCUCAGCACCCUGCUGCGGGCUGCCUUGGGUAAGGAGGCAGCCAAGGCGCCUGUCACAAAGGCCCGUCACCCUGUGCCAGCCGCCCCCCCAACCCCACCCAGUUCCAGCACCUCUUCUCUCCUGCCAGGAAACCGCAAGCGGUGCUAUGACUGCGGUGGAGGCCCCAGCGGCUCCUGCAAAGAGACCGUGACCACUUGCGGCGAGGGCGAACGCUGCGGCUUCCUGGAGCGCAAACCCCAACCAGACCCGAGACAGACCAAGCCAACUGGAAACCCCUCAGUGACCUUGAUUCAUCACCAUCCAGCCUGCGUGGCGGCCCAUCAUUGCAGUCGAGUGGAAACAGAGGUGGUGGGAGACGUGACUUAUAUGACCCACAGGGACUGCUGCGUCUGCGACCUGUGCACCAGUGCUGUGGCGAGCACUGCAGCCCCUGCAUGCAUCGUGGCUGCAGGGGUCACCGCCCUAGCCUGGCUCUUGUCAGGACUGUGGAGAGGGUAGUGGGAGUAGGGGAAGAGAAGGGAGCAAGGGAGCAAGGGAACAAAGGGGAUCUGAGGUGAGAAGAUAAACACUCCUCUGUGAGCCAUUAAAAUCUAUCGACCA